AUGGGGAGUGCUGCAAGAAAAGUGCUGCCGUUUGUCGAUAGAUGUGCGGCACAUCCACCAGACGUACCCUUUCUGAAAAAUGUUAAAGUAAUUUUCCUGCCACCCAACUGCACCAGCCGUCUGCAACCUUUGGACUUGGGCAUAAUACACGCCCUUAAGGUUAAAUAUAGGACAGCCCUUGUAAAAAAGGCCUUGAAUUUGAUGGACCAACGAAAACCGGGAAGCCAACAAAGCUCACAACUGAAACUGAACAUUUUACAGGCAAUAAAUUUAAUUAUGUACUCGUGGAGGGAAGUAAGUGCUGAAACUAUUAAAAACUGUUUCACAAAAGCGGGAUUCUGUGAGAAUGAGAUGGCAGCUCCUGUGGAAGAAGUUGCAAGUGAUUUGCAAGAGUUUCACCAAUUAAUAGGCAGUGAUUCUGUCACUUUUGAGGACUUUGUGGCUGUGGAUGACAACGUGGCAACCACAGGAGUACAAAGUAUUGAGGAGCUGACUGCAGAGAGAAGCUUGGAGAGUAAUAGUGGUAGUGAAAGUGACAGUGACAAGGAAGAUGACCCUGUGCCCUCAUAUACUAAGGCAGCUGAAGCCUUUGAAACAUUCAGGAGGUACAUGAUGGCCCAUAGACUUGAGGACAGAACAGUAGUUCAACUUGCUCAUUUGGAGCAAGAAAUGGUUGCCAUAGAGUCUAGGAAAAACAGAAAACAAGCAAGCCUGCUUGAAUAUUUUAAAAAAUCAUAG